CACAAUUACUCCCAGCCGGACGAGUCGAGCGUUCUGUGUCAGCUUUGUAACGCAUUUGCCGCUCGCAUUCACGCAUUCUGUGCGAUCCAUGGCUGCCUAAUACCUACUAGAUAGUAACUUGACGAUAAAAUGAAGGGCGCUCGCCCGGGCCUGACCGUCCCGGACUGGGAAUCCCCCGCCACGCUCGGCAUCAACAAGCGUGCAAGCCAUGCGCCGCUCCGCUCCUUCCGUGACAUCAAGUCCGCGGUCUCCAUAUUCCGACCCGGAGUGGUCGGCACCUGCCCCACGCAGUUGCAGCCUAGCGAGCAGCUGCGCUCGCAGCGCGCCGCUGCGACCCAGUCGCUAGCGGCCCGAGGCGUCGCGCCCCUGCCCGGCACCGGCAUUCGGACCCUGUCAGGCUGCGAGUGGAGCUUCCAGCUGUUUCGGAAUCCCGGGGAGGUGCCCGAGGAUUUCGUGCAGCCGGGAUUUGCCGCAGAAGGCUGGCACAAGAUCGCGGUGCCGCUGAACUGGGAGUGUGCGGGUUUCGGCACGCCCAUCUACACCAACUUCACCUACCCCAUCCCGCUUGACCCGCCCUUCGUGCCGGCGCUGGACAACCCCACCGGCUGCUACCGCCACACCUUUGUGCUGACGCCGGAGGAGCUGCCGCCAGGGUACAGGGCGUUCCUGCAGUUUGAGGGCGGCGACAGCUGCUUUUACGUGUGGCUGGACGGUCAGCUGGUGGGCAUGGCCAAGGACAGCCGCACCACCGCCGAGUUCGACGUCACACGGCUGCUGGCGGGGCGGGCGCCGGGGCAGGCGCACACACUGGCGGUGCAGGUGCUGCGCUGGAGCGACGCCACCUACCUGGAGGACCAGGACAUGUGGCGCCUGGCCGGACUGCACCGCCCCGUGCACCUGCUCGCAAAGCCACCCACACACAUCACAGACUUCACAGUGCGAACGCCGCUGGCCUUCGACCUGCCGGGCGCAGCCGCAGCCGCAGCCGCAGCCGCAGCCGCAGCCGCAGCCGCAGCCGCAGCCGCAGAGCCUGCGGCGGCGGGGGGUGCGGAGGGCGGCGCUGGCGCGCCGGUGCUGCGCUCGGCUGGUCUGGAGGUGGAGGUGUUUGUGGCGGGGCCCAGCGAGGAGGAGCUGGCCGCCUGCAGUGUGGUGCUGCACCUGCUGCACUCGCACGACGGGUCGAGCGCCGCGCCGCCGCCGCCGCCGCAGCGCCUGACCGCCGGGCCGCGCCGCUGGUACGCGGUGGACACGGCGGGGCAGCGUGACCGCGCGGCAGCGGGCGUGGGCGGCGUGGCGCGGUUCAGUUUGGAUGCGGUGGCAUUGCUGGCGGGUGCCGGCAGCGGCGGUGGUGCGGGAGAUGGGGGAGGAGGACGGGAAGGAGGGGUGGGAGGUGGGAGGGUGGCGGAGCCAGACCCGCUGGCGCAUGACUGCAGUAACAGCAGCGGCGGCAGUAGCUGCGGCAGUGGCAGUGGUGGCAUGGGGUUGCGGCUGUGGAGCGCGGAGGACCCGCACUUGUAUGUGUUGGUGCUGGAGCUGCGGCGGGACGCCGGCGGCAGUAGCAGCAGCAGCAGCAACAACAGCAGCAGCGGCAACACGACGACAGCAGCAGCAGCACCCGCAGCAGCAGCACCCGCAGUAGCAGCAGCAGCGGUAGCCGAGGCGGAGGUGUUGGAGUAUGAGUCUUGCCAGCUGGGUUUCAGGCACACGGAGUCGCGCGGCGCGGUGCUGCGGCACAACGGGCGGCCGGUGAUGCUGCGCGGCGUGAACCGACACGAGUGGGACCACAGGCGCGGCAAGGCCCUGAGUGAGGAGCACAUGGUGCGCGACAUCCUGCUCAUGAAGCAGCACAGCUUCAACGCCGUGCGCUGCGCGCACUACCCCAACCACGUGCGAUGGUACGAGCUGUGUGCGCACUACGGCCUGUACCUCAUAGACGAGGUGAACUUGGAGACACACGGCUUUGACCCCAUGUUCACGGACAACAUGUCCAACCCCGCCAACUCCCCCGCCUGGGCCGCCGCCAUUCUGGACCGGGCUGUCAACAUGUACGGCAGGGACAAGAACGCGCCCGCUGUGAUCAUGUGGUCGCUGGGCAACGAGGCGGGCUACGGCCCCGCGCACCUGGCCAUGGCGGGAUACCUGCGAGCCAAGGACGGCUCCCGGCCCAUCCACUACGAGGGCGGGGGCUCGCGCACCGCCGCCACCGACGUCGUCCCGCCCAUGUACGCCCGACCCCACCAGCUGCAGGCUCUGACCGCGCUGGUGGACGCGGGAGAGGAGUCGCGGCCGAUCAUGCUGUGCGAGUACGCCCACUCCAUGGGCAACAGCACCGGCAACCUGUCCGAGUACUGGGCGGCUCUGGAGGCGCACCCCUCGCUGGCCGGCGGCUUCAUCUGGGACUGGGCCGACCAGUGCCUAGUGGGCCGGGCCCGACUGGGCGACGGACGGCAGGUCGAGUACUGGGCGUACGGUGGCGACUUCGGGGACGCACCCAACGACGGCCAGUUCUGCGCAAACGGGCUUGUGUUCCCGGAUCGAUCGCCACACCCAGCACUGUUCGAGGCCAAGGCAGUCAUGGCGCCAUUGGCCUUCGCGUGGGCACCCGCCCACACCAGCCCAACCGACGCCGCCCGCAAUGACGCCGGCGCCGCCAACCGCCAACCGCUCAAGCUGCUCAUCCAGAGCAAGUACGACAUGUGCCGUACGCGUCACCUGGCGCUGCAGGCGCGGCUGCUCGUCAACGGCCGACCUGUGCCGUGCGCCGCCCUCGGCGCCGCGCCCACCGUACCGAUCGUGUCAACCGCCGCCGCCGCCAACGGCCAACCGACACCGUUGUAUGACGGCGGCUGGUACGAUCUGACCGUUAGUCAGCCGCUGGAUGUGGCGCCGCGGUCCCGGGCCGAGCUAGACCUGCCGCUGACGCCGGCGGGGCUGGCGGCGGCAGUGAUGGCGGCGGCGGCGGCUGACGUGCCUUUCAUGGCCGUACAUUUGGACGUGCACGUGGAGGUCCGAGCUGUACUGCGGCGCCGUACGGUGUGGGCGGAGGCGGGUCACGUGGCGGCGCACACACAGCUGGAGCUGCCGCCGCAGCUGGACCGCGCGGCACUGCUGCGCGAGGUGGCCUCAGCCGCCGGGACCGCGCCAGGCGCCUCGUGCCAGGCGGCUGCGGCUGCGGCAGCUGCGGCUGGCGGGCUACGUGUGGCGCGGGACCCGUCCACGGGCACGAUGACAAUCACACGUGCCGCCGGGGAGCCGUCCAGCACCGCCACCGAUGCGACUGCCGGUGCCCGGCUAAGCCUGCUUGUCAUUGGCGGCGGCAGCGGCUGCAUAGAGCAGUUCGAGGUGCUCCCCGCUAGUAGCAGCAGCAACGUUGGCAGUAGCAGUAGCACCGGCAGCAGUGGCAGUAGCGGCGGUACCGGCAGUAGCGGCGGCGCCGUGCCGCUGCUGGCGGCGCCCCUGGAGCCGUGUUUCUUCCGCGCCGCAACCGACAACGACCGCGGCGGCAGCGGCGGCAGUAGCUACGCUGGCCGCUGGGUGGCGGCGGGGCUGGACCGGUUGCGGGUGGCGGGCCCAGUGGAGCUGGCUGUUGUUGAGACCGGUGAUGGUGGCAGCGGCGGCGGCAGCGGUGGUGCGCCCUCGCGUGUGCGCGUAAAGGCGUCGUGGGUGCUGCGCCCUACGCCCAAGGAGGACUGCGGCGCAGGGGGCGUGCAGGAGGGCGUGGGCAUUGGCGAGAUGGGCGGCGCGCACUGGUUCGCCACAACAACACCCGCCGCGGCCGCCGCGGCCAGCAGCAGCCCGGACGCCGCCACCACCGGAGCAGACCCAGCCGCGCCGCCGGCGCCCGCCGGCCCGGAGGGCCAGAUCCGGAUCACGGCGCAGUACGAUAUCGAAUCCAACGGCUGGAUCCAGAUUUCUUGGAUCAUGGACACCACCGGCGCGCUGCCGGCCCGGCUGCCGCCGGGCCUGACGCCGUCGCUCCCGCGCGUGGGUGUGCGGCUGGCGGCGCCGCCGGGUCUGCGGCAGGCGGUGUGGCUGGGACGCGGACCACACGAGUGCUACGCCGACCGGAAGGCGGGCGCGCACGUGGGACUGUACGGCGCCGCCACCGCCGCCAUGCGCGUGCCGUACGUUUUCCCGCAGGAGAGCGGCGGCCGCGCUGAUGUGCGCUGGCUGGCGGUGCUGCCAGAGCCGGCGGUGGCGGUGGCGGCAGCGGCAGCGGGUGCUGGCGCAGGUGGCGCCGUUGGUCUCGCCGCUUAUGCGGCAGCAGGGCCGGCGGCGGCGGCGGGCACAGGGGCGGCGGCGCCGGGAGCGCUGCUGCACGUGUCCGUGUCGGACCACUCAAUGGAGGCCGUACACGCAGCCCGCCACGAGUACGAACUCAGUGGCGGGCGUGGGCCGUCCGGCACCUGCUACGGUCCAACCGCCGCCGCCAGUGACGACGGAGACAGCGGCGGCGCCGCCGCCGCCGUGGCGGCGCCGCCGCACCCUGCUGACGUGGACGCCGCCAGCCGCCGGCUGACGCACGUGCACAUCGACCACGUGCAUAUGGGCGUUGGCGGCGACGACAGCUGGAGCCCCACCGUACACCUGCCGUACCUCGUACCGCCGGCAGUAUACGAAUGGGUCAUGGCGCUGGCGCCCACCAGUGGGCCGGAGGCGGCGGCGGCGGCGUACUGCGGCGCGAGCGGCGGUGGCGGUGUACGGCCCUAACGGCCGGGUUUUGAGGGUGUGGCGGCGUGGCAGUCGCGCUAGCUGGGGCGUUGGGUGCGGCGAAUGAGUCAUAUGCAAAGGCAGUUCAGGAUUGCCACGCCCCAGCGCCGGCACGUGACUCGGGGGCACUCGGCUGUGCGGUGCCUGCAGUGCCGUAUGUGGAGGUUGUGGUGAAGUUGCGGUUGGGCGAUUGGGCUCCCGCGUCUUACGCGCGGGUGACGCCAGAGGCGUUCGGCCCGCGGAGCGUUCCAUGCGGUACGCACAUUACUAGGUCUGUGCCCCAUGCUGCUCCCUAGCUAACCUAGCGGUGUGGGGCUGUUGCCGAGGUCCAAGUGACUUGACUGCAACAUGGCUCGACGCAAUGACGCAACAGCAAAGUCGUCGGUCCUGUGCCUCUGGGGGCUCGCAAUUAGGCCGGGGCAACCAGGGCAACCUAGGCUCGCUCGAGCUCAGCAGCGCGCGCCGGGCGCCAUAUCACGUCGCAACAACUAACAAAGUAUGACCCCCUGGCGCAGUUCAGGGUUAGGGCGUGGCAGGAUGUAUGAGAGAGUGGCAUGGAGUAGCGGCUGUGCUGGGUGUCAGGGAUGUCAGUCAAGCAGGGCGGGCGCCGGGCGGUGCAGCUGCCGGCCUGCCCGUACUGCUGUUGCCGGCCCAGAGCUCUGUAACAGCUUUCACCU